AACUAGUUUUAAUCACAUGGAACCUUAUUCGAUAGUCGAAAAUUUAGGCUGGCAUGAAAAUUAUAAAUGUGGAUAUUGUAAAUCUAAAGAUUCAAAUAUAUCUUAUGGUAUAUGGGCUCAUAUUUUAAAUGUGUCAGACUAUCAAAAUUUGUUAGAUAGGGGAUGGAGACGAAGUGGUAAAUUUUGUUACAAACCAGAUAUACUUAAAAUGUGUUGCCCUCAUCACACAAUUAGAUGUGAAGCAAAUAAUUUUAUUAUCAGCAAAUCUCAGAAAAAAGUUUUAAAAAAGAUGGAAAGUUAUUUAAAUGGCACACAUGAUGAUAGAAAACUUAAAUUUAAUGAAACCAGUGUGAAUAUGGAAAAUAAUAAAAUUAAGUCUCAUGAUAAAUUAAAUAAUCUGAUUUCAUAUAAAAAAGAUUUAGGAAAAAAUAAAUUUAACCCAGGAAUAGGGCAAGAUCCUAAUAAACCCCUAUGCAAGAAAAAAAAAUUAUUAAAAAAGGAAAAGUUUUUACUAAAAAUGCAAGAGAAAUUGACAAGUAAAGAUAAUAAAAAUGAUUUCAGUCUUGAGCCUGAUACUCUAAGCAAGACUCUUGAAGAUUACUUAUGCCUACCAAUAAUUGAGAAUUCCAAACAUGCUUUAAAGAUAAAAUUAGUUUCAGUUAACACGAGUAACUUAAGUUUUAAAGAUAGUUUAAAUGAAUCAUAUAACCUUUACCGAAAAUAUCAAUCGGAAAUCCAUAAAAGUCAAUUAUCUGAAAUCAAAUUUGAAUCGUACAAAGAAUUUUUGGUUGAAACGCCUUUGUUUGUUGAAAAUUCUGCUCAAACCAAAGAUAACCCAAUAAAUGCGCUUAAAGAAGAUUUUCAAAAUCAAUUCAUUCCUCUCAUAACUACGUUCGGAACUUUUCAUUGCCAGUAUUGGAUGGAUGAAAAGUUGGUCGCUGUUGGGGUGAUAGAUAUCCUGCCGAAUUGUUUGUCUUCCAAAUAUUUCUAUUAUGACCCUAAUUUUUCACAUCUAUCGUUGGGCGUUUAUUCGGCUUUAUGCGAAGUGGCUAUGUGUCGCAAGUAUAGCAUCAUUAAUCCCUCUUUCAAAUACUAUUACAUGGGUUACUAUAUUCAUUCAUGCUCUAAAAUGAGAUACAAGUCGAAAUACGAACCUUGCUUUUUGUUGUGUAAUAAAAAUUUAGAUUGGCACCCAUUCCAGCAAUGCCUACCUAUGCUCGAAAGCUCUAAUUCUCACUGCAUAAACUUCUGUGAGGAUAACGAAAAUCGUAAAAAUGAAUCCAAAAUGGACUUAGAUUCCUUGCUCCUCUAUUGCCAGUUUAAAAUUUAUACUUACUCGGAAUACAUAGCCCGCUACAUAAAAAAAGGAAUUAAAAAACGUUCUUCAUUAGCAUUUUCAUCCCACACCCUUCCGACUUUUAAAUCAUCAUCGAAUCAUGAAAACUCUAAUGAGGAGGACCCAGUCCAAGAUGAAAUCGUUCAAAUAAGAAAAACUCUGAUGUUGUUCGUAGAAAUGGUCGGUAUCCCAACUAUAGUACUUUUUAGAGAAAGUUGAUAUUGGACUCUUCGUUUCUUUCUCUUUUCGCUUUCUUCUAGAAGUGUAAAUUUUCAUGUCCUUAGCAGGAUAAAAAAGAAUUGUA